AUGGCAGACGGGCAUGCGACGUACCUUUCGUUUGCUGUGACGGAUUGCGCCCCGGUGGAUGGUGACUGCGUCCAUAGCCCUGACUCCGUGGCCUGGAGCCCACACAAUGUUCUUCUUGUCGCCACGCACUGGGCGUUGUACCUGCACAUCAACGACAUCAUUGCAUCCGAAGUCGUUCUUCGACCCAGGUACCAGCCCCGUGAUGAUGCAUCGAGUGCGAUGUGCAUCGCUGGGGCGAAAUGGGCAUUAGAUUUGGUUCCGGAAGACGCGUACCCUGCGACGUGUCGAUUGUGUGUACGGACCACACGUGAUCUCUUCAUAUAUCGUGUCAUCCGCUUCGGAACGAGAAGGCUUCGUGUGAGUCAUGGGGUGUGCUUUAUCCCCAAGGCGGCCUCUCUGGGAAGCGUCGAUGAUGCCACUGGAGCGGAUAAAAAGGGACGUAAAAGAGCGCGCUCAUCUCUUGGGAAUCCUGUGAAACUUGAUGCUGUUGCUGCUGAGCAUAGUGGCAGCGAUCAAGUCCAACUAUCGGCUGCUGCUGGGUGGUGUGUGGUUAGCUAUGAGUGGUUUCCGCUGGAUCUUCUAGUUGUGGUGACGCUAGGUGGUGUUUACCUCCUCAAUUUUGGGGGUGACGACUCCGAUGAGGCGAGCUUGCAGCUGCGACUAUUUCCGCCACCUGCCUUUCGUUUUGCGGGCGGUCCGCUGGCAAGCCUACUGCCAUCGUGUGCAGCGCGGGUUCUGGGGUGUAGUGGGAAUGACAAUCGUCUGGUGGUGGCAUGCCCGUGUUGGCUCCGCGUCUUUGCCGUUUCCACGACUCUUGUGCAGCUGACCCAUUACGUUGAGGUUCCUUCACUCCAUGGUAUUCCCACCGCCGUCUGCUCCAUGAUGACGGGUGCGAUGAGGCCUACGUUGCGAGUCCUUGUCUCCGCUCCGAUGUGUGUUUGUGAAGGGAGUCUUGUCGUGGGUGCGUUGGACGAGGCCCACGGCGCGGGCGAUGCACUGCAGGUCGAGUGGAGCACACUGGGGUCAUGGACCGCCGAAGGCGACUUGGGCGAUGAAAUUGCCGUUCGUCGCUUUAUUGCCGUCCCGCUCACGGCCUUCGCGCCACUUGAUGCGAGGACCGCCGCCGACACACAGCGGACGGGCGUGACUGCGACGGAUGGGUGUGGGAAACCGUACCUCGUCUUGGGUCUGUGUCAGCGGCGUCUGCUGGGCUUUGUGGGGAGGCGUUGCGUGGAACUUCUUCGCUGCAUGCGGAUGGACGGUAGCGUGUACCCGCGCGACGUCGCGCUAGAGAUAUCGGGGGCGACUAUUCACCCCUCUUGCAACCUGGCUGUUUUGGGAAUUCGCCUUGGCAUGCGGCGGUAUCCGCCGUUUCAGUUGAUGCCUGUUGCGGUCAACACGGAGGGCGGCUUUUUGUUGCGUCUUAUGCAGCUUCAGGAGGGGUUUGCCUCUCUCUCCGAUGGGGGCCACAACGCGGCCCCAACGUCGCCGGCGGCGGCCCAAGCAACCACCACGGCACUGCCUGGUAACGUGCUUCAAGCCCUGUGGAAUCGGCAGCAGUCGACCUCGUACUUCGUGUGGGAGGAGUUGCUGCCAGGCACUGGCGUUGGCGCCGCGAUUGCAGAGUCGCGCCAGCGGGAGGCCAAGAGGGCGUCAGAGGCUUCGAUGGUGAAGGAAGAAGUUAAAGGCGAAGGCAGCGGCAGCAGUACCGCCUCUGAUUACCGAGUAAUGGGUGCGCUGCGGUGGGGAUACCUGGAGCAGCGACAGAAGUACGGCCUAGAGUUGUUUCUGCGCUUCCCAGAGGCAAAUGCGGCGUGGCGACAGAGUUUGCUUCGCAUCUGGCGUCGAGGUGAAGGGGAGGCAGCGCUAAUGGAGCUCGUCUUGGCGAACGCUCUGAGACGUAUGGCGGAGGAGGUGCACUACGCCGGGCUCACCCGGCGAACGAGCGCCACCGCAACGUUAGAGGCGGAACACGCCUCGCAUCUGCCGUUUUUGGCCGCGGUUCAAUUUGGCAGAUUGUACCAGCAGCGGUGUGGCAGGGGCGAGGCGUGGGUUUACAAUGGGGCCUUUGCGGGGCAGCUUGGAAGCUUCAUAGACGUUGUGGAGGAGCAAUGGCGGCAGCAACAGCAACGACAACAACGGAAAGCGCAGCAUCCCGCCCCGAGGUCGUCUCCUCCUCGUUUCCCCUGCUCUGUCUGCGGGAAGGAGGAACAGACACUGUUAACCAUGUCUCUUUCUUCCAACCUGCCGGUGGAGCGAAGCGUGAAGGGAGAGGCACACGAUUGUGCGACUGGGUUUCACCUGACAGUGUUUUCUGGCAGCACGUUCACGCCGCUUUCGUUUGUGAAGCAAGACGAGGUGCUAAGUCGCUGCCUUGCAUGUGGUUUGUACGACUACGUCACCGGCCCCCUCUGCUGCGUGUGUGAAGGCCUAAUGAUGUGA